AGGAUAGAUAUCUGACAGACAGGAAUGAAAAAUGGAAAAAAUAUGUCAUAGAAAAACUGGAAAUUUGGCAAAACAGAUCAGGAAACGAGCAUCUCACCCUAGUUUUUUUUGUUUUUUUUCUCUCUCCAUCGCUAUCAUCUUCUCUUUGUUUACACGUUGAUUAUGCAUACGACAAUCGCCAAGUCAUGUGGGACUGGUGGUACUGUUUCUCUUUCAACUCCAACAAAGACAACAACAACAACAACCCUUAUUCCCACAAUUUGCUCCCAAUUCGACAUGAAAAUCGCCCAACAAAUCAAAAUCCAUCUCCAAUUUCCCGUUCCACGAUGAUUCUCACCUCUUGGCUAAAUCGUCGCCGAUUCCGGCGCUACUUCUGUCUCCUUCUCUGCUCUCCUGUUCUUCUUCCUUUGGUUUGUGCUACUUGCCCUAUCAUUUGUGCUGCUGAAAUCUGCUACCGUCUGUGCUAUCGCCGAUCGCCGUCGAAAUCGGAGGAGAGAUUCGACGGCGGAGGCGGCGAUGGGCGGGGACGGUGUGAGGGAGCGGAAGGUAGUAUAGAUGGAGGUCAAGAGACAAUGUUGUUGCGGAGGUAUCUGGAUGAUCAACUGCUUCUAGUGAUUGAAUCUGUUUACAAUUGUGGAGAUGAGGAAGAAGAUGUGGAAGAAGCAGAUAGUAGAAGCCUUCUUCUGCAAUGAUAGAAGAAAUCCAGAGGUCUUUGGUUAAUCUCUUUUUUGCUUUUGAUUUUUUGUACAUAGAAGUCAACAUUGAUAAUUGGAAUUCUAAAAUCUCGCCAACAAGGUAACUGUUCAAAAGUUCUAUCGAUUGAGCUACUAAAAUUUUUCGAAAAAUAGAAUAGUUAUGGGGUUUGUAAUCUUCGAUAAUUUUCCCAUUAUAUUCAAUCAAAUAGAAUGUGAGAUAUUUAUAUCAAAUCACUCAAUUUAUUAUAUAUGGUCAAGUGAGUUAUUAGUCAAGUUAUCAUUGAA